AUGGCGUCGGACCUACCGAGCCCCGAAGCUCGUGAGCUGAGCUUGAUAGGCAAGGUGGAGUUCAGAAUCGCCAUGACUGACUCCGAUGAGAAGCUCCAGUCGCUUCUUGGAACUUACCUGCCGCCUUUACUACUGAAGCUGGCAUCCGAUAGCGUUGCUGUUCGCAAUAAGGUCAUCUCCGUUUGCCAGCAUGUCAACACCCGCGUUCAGGCUCCUUCCAUUCAAUUGCCUGUUGCGGCUUUGUUGAAGCAAUUCAAGGAGCAAAAGUCCCAGCUUGUGCGUCACUUUGAUCUUAUCUAUGCGCAGCAGGGUAUCGAUCGUCUAGGCUCCGAUGCCAGGGUCGAGAUCCUAGUACCCCUGCUUCAGGGUAUUUCGGAAAUUGGAACCUCCGCUAGCCAGGGAGCUAUCGUCUUCAAUCUUGUGUUGCGUCUCUUGCCGCUUUUCAAACUGCCUCCGAAGAGCAGUGAUGAAGAUCAGAAAUUGAAAGAGCGUCUUGGGUUAUCUGAGGCGGAUGCGAGCUUUUUGUCAUUCUGGUUGAGCAAGCUCCUCCUCUUAACCCCCGUUCCUGGCGAGACUUCUUCCUGCCCCGGACUUUCUCCAGAUGAGUAUAAGUUUCUGAAUAAGGAUGCGCCGGCUAGCGAGACAUGGAACCCGGCUUCGUCGGGUGGCUUGAAUCUCACUGAAACCAAGGUCAUUGCUCUCCGAUUUCUCGGGAGUGGCGCCUUCGCUGAUGCCCAGAAAUUCCUGCCUUCGUUGAUUGCUACCGCUGAUGCGAACUCCCGUCUUGCUGAUCUGGGUGACGAGACUCUCAAGCGGUUCGCCGUGGACCUUGAGGACGCCGCCGUUGUUGAACAAUUAUAUGACUUAUAUUUUGGAGCUGGAACCGCUCCUCCCGUUCGUCCUCCGUUGCAGGCUAAGAUUCUCGUCUUCCUGGGAAAAUCCAUCAAGGCUACGGAAAAUACUGAGAGGAUAUACAAACUUAUUGAAGACGGACUACUUUCUGAUGCCGCUAGGUCCGCGCAGGGUUUGCAGGCUGCCAAGUUGAGAACUCAGAUCUUCACAUUCACGACAUGGGUUGUGCGGAUGGGAUCGCCGUCGAACCUCAAACAGAUUGCUCCCAAAUUGAUCGCUGGAUUGCGAGACUUCAUCCAGUCCCAGGGAUGGCCCAGCCCGGGUGCUAGUGGGCAGAGGUUGCCUGCUACAGACCUCAGCCUGCGAGGACUUGCCUACGAAAGCAUCGGUAUUUUGGUUCCCAAAGUCGAUUUCCAACUCCGCGAUGCGACAGUGGAGAAUUAUGAAUUCGAUCUGGUUCGGUGGCUGUUCACCUCCCUCAGCGCGGACGACUCAAGUGCAGAAAUCUUCGUUAGUAUCGACCAAGCGCUUGGAAGUAUCCUCAAUUCAUCAUUGGACAGUCACGACAAGGAUUUCCAAAACCAACUACGCCCGUUCCUUGUUCAACAGAUGGCACUGCAACCCGGAGAUACGAACCCAGAAUCCGGAUUUGCUGUUGUUCGGAGCGUCCAGUAUGCCGCUGUCCGAUUCGCGAAUCGAUUCUUGCCGUAUAGUGAUGUCGUGGCUCGCUGGAUCGAUCUCAUGGCUAUCGCAAGGGGCCCUGGGAGACAGCAAGAAGUUGUGGAAGAAGGCAAGAAGGGACUGCAUCCCUACUGGUUCCGACUCCUCAACCCAACCAAAGAUCAAAAGUGGUCUGCAACUGAAGUAGCAGAAAAGCAGCGCGAUGGUUCCUGGUUUGAAUUUCCACGAUUCGACGAAGCAACUCGCUUUCUGCUUGGCUCUGGAGACGAAGAUGUGUCUAUGGAUCAAUCACUACCUGCACCACAGCUCCUUUCUGGUCCUUACAAAGAUGCAUUUGCGCCUGCUAUUGCCUUCCUUCGAAACACUCUGCUGUGGGAAGCGUUCUCUGCGUCUGGGAUCGUGACGGAUAUGGAGCAAGACUGGGACUUUAAACUUGAAGUGCACCUAUCAGCGGAUGAAGAAUCCCGUGCUGCUGUGAGAAAGUAUAUUCGCACAUCUUCAAAAGACGCCGUCUUCUUUUAUCUAUCGGGUGUCCUUGAUGGGUUGGAGAAGGAGGGUCUUGCUGAUCUUCGCCAAUGCGGCGCUCAUUUCGUUGAAAUUUGCUCGCUUUCUUCAAAUGAUGUCGUUGAAAGAUUGACCCCGCGCGCUAAAGCUCUCAACAAACCUAUCUUGAGCAAUAACGAACAGAUCCAAGGCUUCGCGGCACGAGCCUUUGGUAUCUUGGUCUCUCAUCCCGCAACUUCUGAUGAAGACUUGAACAGCUUUGCCACUGAGCUGGCUGGUACUCUCCAGUCAUGGAACACUGCCAUUGGCGAGGCUGCCCUUCGCGUUCGCGGAGCUAUUCUCGCCCUUUCGUACCUCUUCAGCAGACUGGCAUACCGCAAGAGAUUGGAAAAGGUCCUCGAAGCACAGGUCAAGCAGUUCAUUAAGACAGUCUUGGAUAUCGUCGAUGCUUCCCGUGAUCAACUGCUUCAGCGUACGGCAGAAAUUGCUAUUGGACAACUAAGUCUAUCUGACUCUUCCGGAGGACGGAUGGAAAAAGUUCAGCAGAAGCUGGCCAGCGAUGCCAAAUCUGAGAAUGACAUCCCCAUAUUGUCUCUGGGUCUCCUGACAAUCACCCUCUCGCGGGACCAAUCGGCCAAUUCUUCUCUAUUUGGUGACUUCCGCGACUCGCUUUACAAUAUGCACGAGAUCCGCAGCCCCGAGGUCCAAUUUACUGUAGGCGAAGCUUUGAGUAAUGUCGCAGUGGGAUGGGACUCUCGAGCCCUAAUUCAGGACUUCGACGUUGAUGCCGGAUUCCCUCACUCGGAUGUCCCGCGAACCGUCUUUGCAGAAGUAUGUGACAAGGUAAUCGCUGACUGCACCGCGCCCAAGCCCUCUCUCCGCAAGGCCUCUGCCAUAUGGCUUCUAUCGCUCGUGAAAAACUGCGGUCACCUGCCGGAAAUGCAGGAACGCCUCCGCAAAUGUCAAGCCACAUUCUCCAGCCUUCUCGGUAAUCGGGACGAAGUUGUCCAAGAAACCGGUGCCCAUGGUCUCAGUCUCGUCUAUGAGAUCGGUGACCAGGAUCUGAAGGAUUAUCUUGUCCGUGAUCUCGUCGACUCGUUCACCAAUACCGGUGCCAACCUUGGUGGUGGAAAUGUCAACGAUGACACCCAGCUCUUCGAGCCCGGUGCCCUGCCCACUGGGGAAGGUUCCUCCGUCAAUACCUACAAGGAUAUCAUGAACCUCGCCGCAGAGGCGGGUGAUCCUACCCUUGUCUACCGAUUCAUGUCUAUGGCGUCCAACAAUGCACUUUGGAGUAACCGAGCUGCAUUUGGCCGCUUUGGCAUAAGCAGUAUCUUCUCGUCUUCUAGUGUCGAUGGCUAUCUCGCUCAAAACCCGAAGAUCUACCCGAAACUCUUCCGCUACCGCUUCGACCCGAAUCCGAAUGUCCAGCGCUCGAUGAAUACCAUCUGGCAAGCUCUCGUCAAGGACCCGACGACCGCGGUCGACGCCCAUUUCGAGCCCAUCAUGGAAGAUCUGCUGAAGAGCAUGCUUUCGGGCCGCGAGUGGCGUGCUCGGCAAGCAAGUUGUGCCGCCAUGGCGGAUUUAGUCUCCGGGCGUCGACCAGAGAAGUAUGCGCAGUAUCUCGAUGAGAUUUUCGAGAAGGCAUUUAAGCUUCUUGAUGAUAUCAAGGAGUCUGUUCGGACGGCGGCGCUGAAGCUUUGUCAGACCCUUACCAAUUCGGUGAUUCGGACCCUGGAGACGAAUGGGUCUGAGAAGAGAGCGGGUAUUCUACUUUCAAGUGCGGUGCCAUUCUUGCUGAGUGACAAGGGUCUUGAUUCGAGUGUGGAAGACGUGAGGGGCUACGCAAUUGGGGCUCUGGUCCAGAUCAUCAAGAAGAGUACCGGUACUCUCCUACGCCCGUUCGUCCCGACAAUCUUGGAGAAAUUCCUUGGCUCGCUCAGCUCUCUCGAGCCACAGGCCGUCAACUACGUCCAUCUGAAUGCCGACAAGUACGGCCUCACCGGGCAGGACAUUGAUAAGAUGCGGUUAUCGAGCAUUCGGACAUCCCCCAUGAUGGAGGUCAUUGAGCGCUAUCUCAUCGACCAUCUGGACGAGGAUAACCUGAAGGAGCUAGCGCCUCGACUAGAGGACGUGCUGCGCUCCGCAGUAGGCUUACCUUCCAAGGUGGGCUGCAGCCGGGUGCUGGUCCUGCUGAGCAUGAAGACGCUGCUCUUCCGGCCGUACGCGGACCGGUUCAUCCAGCUGCUGGGCAAGUACGUGGUGGAUCGCAAUGAGACCGUGAGCGCGUCGUACUGCACAUCGCUAGGCUACCUGAUGAGACUGGCGUCCGACGACCGGGUCUUGAAAACCAUCGACUACGCCAAAAGGUUAUAUCUGGACUCGGACGACGCCAGCACCCGGGCCAUCUCCGCCGAGAUCUUGUACAGCUCGUCCAAGCUGUCGAACGACCGGUUCAUGGCGUUUGCAACCAGCGCGCUGCCCUUUGUGUUUGUGUGUCAGCACGACGCGGACGAACAUGUGCGAGAGGAGUUUGAGAAGACCUGGCAGGACAAUGUGGGGGGCAGCCGGGCGGUGACCCUGUACAUCCGGGAGAUCGUCAGCCUCGUAUCCGACAAUUUGGAUUCGGCGCGGUGGGCCAUCAAGCACACGGCCGCACGUGCGAUCGCGCAGGCGGUGCUCGCCCUAGACGCGGAAAUCCAUCUCCCCACCGCGCAAUUAGUCUGGCCCGUCUUGGAAAAGGCGUUGGCCGGCAAGACAUGGGACGGUAAAGAGGUGCUGCUGACGGCGCUAGUCAAGUUUGCGCGCUCAGCCCAGGCGCUGUGGACGGCGCGCCCCGAGUUGGGGGAGCUGCUGAAAACCAUCGCCGUCCGCGAAGCGAAGCGGAACAAUGCAGCCUACCGACCGCAUGGGCUGAUGGCCCUCGGAGAAAUCGCACUGGUGCGCCCGGGGGAUUUCCUACAGGAUGCGCUGACAAUCGUCCCCGGGGUGAUUGAAGACACCAUCGGGGAGGAGGAUGAGGAUCGGAUGGAGAUCGACUCGGGGGCUCCCAACAAAACGGGAGCCAAACGAGAGUCGGUGGAUACGCUGGCAUCAUGUGUGCAGUGUCUCUUGCAAUGUUUGAAUUCCGACCCCACGGCCGAGUCCGGCAAAGUGCUGGGAGAGAAUGUGCGAAAGGUGAUCGCUCCGUUGAACCAGGCCCUGAGCCACGGCGGACGACAGGUUGUCAGCACGGCCUACCGAGAGCUCCAAGCGUUCUUUGGACGAGUGGAUCGGUGGACGGGGUCCGAUGAAGGGGAGCUGGUGGAUCCGAUGCGUGAUCUGGCGGGCGUGCUGGUGUGCGAGAGGGAUGUGGUCGAGGCAGUCCGCAAGGAUCGCGCAGAGGCAGUGCUGGUGUACCUGAGGCUUCGGCCGGGAGUUCGGGGGGUGCCCGACGCUUUGGGUGAGGCGCUGCGCGGGUGGAGGGCGAGCGAGCGGUCGGAGAGCAUCCAGCGCAUCUUGGACCAGGCAUUAGGGCUGCUGUAG